CAGAGAACACACACGGGCGAGAAGCCAUUCAUGUGCCCUGUGUGUGGGAAGGCAUUUGCACACUCAUCAACUCUUCAAGAUCAUAAGAGAACACACACGGGCGAGAAGCCAUUCCUGUGCUCUGUGUGUGGGAAGAAAUUUGCACACUCAUCAACCAGGAAUAGGCAUCAGAAGCCCCACGCACACGGAGGCAAGAAGCCAUUCAAUUGCUCUGUGUGUGAGAAGUCCUUUUCACGGUCAUCACAUCUUAAGAAACACCACAGAACACACACGGGCGAGAAGCCGUUCCUGUGCCCUGUGUGUGGGAAGACAUUUGCACGGUCAUCACAUCUUCAGAGUCACCAGAGAACACACACGGGCGGGAAGCCAUUCCUGUGCUCUGUGUGUGGGAAGGCAUUUGCAGACUCAUCAACUCUUUAUAGUCAUCAGAGAACACACACGGGCGAGAAGGCAUUUUCAUGGUCAUCAAGUCUUAAGAGACACCAGAGAACACACACGGGUGAGAAGCCAUUCCUGUGCUCUGUGUGUGGGAAAACAUUUGCACACUCAUCACAUCUUCAGAGUCAUCAGAGAACACACACGGGCGAGAAGCCAUUCCUGUGCCCUGUGUGUGGGAAGACAUUUGCACAGGCAUCAAAUCUUCAAACUCACCAGAGAACACACACGGGCGAGAAGCCAUUCCUGUGCCCUGUGUGUGGGAAGACAUUUGCAAACUCAUCACAUCUUCAGAGUCAUCAGAGAACACACACGGGCGAGAAGCCAUUCCUGUGCCCUGUGUGUGGGAAGACA